AUGAACACUGAAAUUUUUCGAAUCACCGAUCCUGAGACGCCAUGGCUCGAACUGCUCGUGAAGUUCGGUUUCCAAAACAAACCGUUCAUUCUCAGCAGUUGGAGCACUCAAAAGUGGUUAGCUCGGAGAGACUGGAUUCGCGCAGACGGCUCACCAAGUACCGAGUUUUUGAAGGCCCAUUACGGUGCGACUUUCUUUUUAGUCAACAAAAGGAGUAAAUUCUUUAGGAAAUUCGAAAGUGCCAAUUCUAAUCGGCGGUUGCAACUACGAGACAUCGACUCUGAAUGAGUAUUUGGAAACGCUUGGAGACCCAGAAAUGUAUCUGAAAGACUGGCACUUUCAGAAUGAGUAUGAGUGUUUCUUGAUCGUACUAAUUAAGUAUCUUCUCCGUCUUAUGCAGAUUCGGAACCUCUAUGUACUCUCUCCAUCCAUUUUUCUCACGCGAUUUUGUGAACUGCGAAACUUGGACUACUGACAAAAGUCGCAAUCCGUUCGGAGACGACUAUCGAUUUGUUUAUUUUGGUGCUGCUGGUUCAUGGUUAUUCCGAAUUACCAUUGAAUACUCACUUUCUCGUUUUCUAGGACAAAAUUUCAUUCGGACGUCGUCUCCUCGCACAGUUGGUCUGCGAACAUCUGUGGACGGAAAAAAUGGUUGAUGAUGCCUCCUGGAAGCGAGAAUUUGUUCAGAAGCGCAUCGUCCGAGUCAGGAUUUGUCGACGAUAUCAGAGUUUCCCCAGAACUAUUCGAAGAAAGCGGAGUUCUCUCGUUCAUCCAAGAACCAGGCGAAAUCGUAUUCGUUCCUUCCAACUGGUAUCAUCAAGUUCACAACCUGGUAGUACAAAAGGAAAUAGGUUUUGGUGUAUGCUCAAAGUUACAGACUGAUACAAUUCCGAUUAAUCACAACUGGAUGAACAGUACAAAUCUUAGUCUCGUGUACGAGUUUUUGAGUCGAAGAGUGAAAGACGUGCGGCACGAGCUGCGUGAUUGUCGUGGGAUGUUUUCCGAAUAUGAAUUCGAAGAACAAGUUGAGCUGGUCCUUUUCGCAGACGCGAGACUUAACAUGACAAAAUUUGAACAACUUUGUGAACUUGUACGUGACUCGAGAGUACUUGCGGCUCAAUCAUUUUCUUGUCAUACCCACGGGGCCGACAUGUAAGACAUUCUCUUUUCCUGAACACCAUCCGAUCAUUUCUCCUUUUUCCAGUUGGCAUUGCAUUCUUUCUCCCGAUUGCCACGCUUCCAUUCUUUCCAUUUGCUCCUGUUCUACCGAUUUCUGCUCUAAAUGCUUCAAUUUCAUUCAACAACUUGAAUUCUCCGUCGUUUCUCGCUAUCUCUAA